AUGCGCCGCCCAGACUUGGUCUUUGGCCCGCCGGGCGACGAAUGGCGCUACGAGACAUCGUCGCGAACCUAUGAUCUCACCCGGGGCCGGUCUCCGGCUUGCACGGUCGGCACCUCCCAGGGCCCCACGGAGACCUUCAUAUCCGUGAACCCCCACAGCACGGCGCUCGUGAUUGUUGACAUGCAGAAUUACUUUCUGCACCCAGAUUGUCGCGACCAUCCCGCCGGGCUGGCCGCCGUCGACAAGACCGAGAAGGUCAUUGAGAAAUGCCGCGAAUUAGGCGUCCAGGUGAUCUGGCUGAAUUGGGGCUUGACCGACGAUGAUCUCGCCGUGAUGCCCGCCAGCGUCCAGCGCGGCUUCUCCCGCACGCUCAUCCACGGCGCCUCCGCCGACGACAAGGUCGCACGUCUCGGUCUCGGCGGAGAUCUCGGCGACGGCAAGGGGCAGUGUCUCGUCAAGGGCACCUGGAACGCCGACAUCUACGAGCCGUUGAAGCGGUUCGCCCGUCCCGGGGACGUGCACUGCGACAAGAACAGGAUGUCCGGCAUGUGGAGCCCGGAGCAGCCGCUCCGGAGGUAUCUGGACGGCGACGGGGCCGGGGUGCGGACGCUGUUGUUCGCCGGGGUCAAUACAGACCAGUGCGUGCUCGGGACCCUUACUGAUGCGUAUAACGGCGGCUGGGACUGCGUGAUGGUCGAGGACUGCUGCGGGACGAAGACGCCUGGGGCGCCGGAGGUGUGUCUUUACAACGUCGCUGGCUCGUACGGGUUCGUCAUCAACAGCGAUACUUUUCUUGCGGGCACGACUUCGUGA